AUGUUUCGCUCCCGCAAAGUUGGCCCAGUGGAGCACGGCAUCGUGACCUCGACAGAAGUGCUCAAUGCCCGCAAGAGGGUUGGGCGUGUUGAAAAAUCCCGUAAACAUGAAAACCUCCCAGUUGAUUGUGCGACCGCUCUUCCUCUGCGCCGUGUCUUGACAAGGGACAGUGCAAUAUCUAUAUCUUCGAUCUCCUUACCGUCACCGACAUACUCUACUCAUAAUAAUACCGAUGUUUCCGAACUAUCCUCCACUGCAAGACUGAGCAGCCCUCCUUCACCUCUACACUCCCCCGACGCCACUGAAGAUGCCAACCAGAGAUUGUCGUCACCAUCGAUACGGUCGGUAGACGCAGGUUCUGAUUGCUCGUCACCGGAUGUGGACAACAUCCUUCCAUUACCACCACCUCCUGGACUUUCGAAAGGUGAACCCAUAAGCCCUGCUCCGGUUGACGACCAAGGUGUUAACAAAGCACCAAUUCCAUGGCGUACUACAAACAUGCAAAGCGCAUGGACCGUUCUCAAUGACGAUGAUUCAUGGGGUACCUCGCAGGAGUGGCAUCAAACUCCGUCUGAGGAUACGUAUUCCAAUGGCGGUGUUUUUAGCAUGCAGCUUGUCAAUCCUCUAAAUGGGCGAUGGGGACGAAGCCCGCGAGUGGGGCCAGGAUCAUCCUCUCGCCGGGCGAACAGUGGAAGAAAUAGUUGUCGUAGAGCAUGCCUGCUGUCAACAUUGGGGCUCCUGAUUGCGGCUGUAUCUAUUGUUAUUAUUGUGGUUACCAUUCGUGCUCACCAACGAGACAAGUUUGAUCCUCAAGCUGGACCUCGCGGAGGUCUCCCAGCACCUCCACCAGGCCCACCAUUACCUGUAUUAAACGUGCUUGAUAUGAGGGUCCCCACAAAUGCAUCAGCAGGAGUGUACUUUGGAGCUAGUAUAGACUGGACGAAGGAAGACCCACAGAGCUUUAACAAAGCGUUGGGGCACAAUGCCGCUAUCGUAGAUGGGUACUACAUGAUAGCGGAAAUUCUUGAGAGAGUCAAUACCGUCAAUUCAUCCGGCAUCUCGCACACAAUUCCGGACUAUUUUAACUGGACCGCAGGACUGAUUGGAGGGACAGGCGCAAUUAUGGGGAUGACCCUGAUGCCCCAUAAGGGUCUCGAACAGGUUUCUAUAGACGCCAUGGCACAGCUCGGACUGAAGUGUGCAGAGAUCAAUCGUGUGGGCAUUCCUAUUCUUCUGCGGUUUGCGCCAGAAAUGAAUGGCAACUGGUAUCCUUGGGGACAAAGUCCGGUCAAAUAUCGGGAGGCCUUCAAGAAUCUUGCGAUCAUUGUCCGCAACGCAACCAAUUUCGAACUGAAAAAUGCUAUAUUAUCAAAUAGAACCAUGGCCCGUACCGCAAUGGUCUGGGCGCCGGCUGCUGGUCAAGGAUACCCGUACAUCUAUGGCCAAAAUGGGACCUAUGCGCCGAGAGGUAAUGACACGCGCCUUGCUGAGAUGGACACGAAUGGAGAUGGAGUGGUUGAUGAAAAAGAUGACCCUUUUCUACCUUACUACCCGGGCGAUGAAUACGUCGAUUGGAUUGGUAUCACGGCUCUAUUUAACACAUCCUUGGGACGGAAUGCAACAGUUGCAAGUGCCUUGGCUUUCACGGGGGAUACCACUUUUGUUCCUGCAAUAGCCAACUCUACCACUUCCAAUAAUGCUACUGGGAGACGUGCCGCUCCGAGCGUCAAUAACAUUAAUGCAGCCCUGCCAGUGAUUGCACAAAAUCUCACAAACAAAAUCCCACCGGUUGGACGCGAUGUGAAUGGAACGUCGUUUGAGUCUAUUGUCUCCGGCUACCCGGGUCAAUGGAGUGUGUAUGAACUAGCGAAGCUGCGUAAGAAGCCGCUUAUCGUUGGCGAAACGGGGAUUGGAUAUUUGAGUGGUGCCGGUAUUCCCACUGAACCGUCAGAGUUGACAGUCAAAAAGGCAUGGUGGAGCCAAGUGUAUAAUGAGACGCUGUUCAAGAAUUAUCCCCUCAUUCGUGCGGUUGUGUGGUACGACUACAGUCUUCUCGUUGCGAAUUCUUCGAUCACGCUUGACUAUUCGUUCACCCGAAACGAGACUAUUACGAAGGCAUUUGUGAAUACCACCGAUUCGCUUUCUCGAGGAACGCUGGUUUAUGCGAAUGAUACGAUGACGGACGGCGCAUUGAUCAAUGGUACUGCCUUGGGCGUCCGCAACAGUACCGGAGCUAUUUGGGUCAAUAUGAAUAUGACAUUACCAAAUGGGACGGUGGUUAAGGGAAAAGUUAUCAACGGGGCCUGGGUACCGAAUGCCGGCGAAUCAUCGCAUCGUAGUCGGCGGGACGGUAGUAGCAACUCACAUUCAAUACAAGCGAUGUUGCCUGCGAAGGCCCGCAGAGGGAAGGGGUUUAAUACAGGCGGGCAAUCAUAA